AUGGCAGUGCUUGGAUCUGAAAACUGGGGAUUGACGCCCGCUAUGGAAACAGGUCUAUUCCAGAAACCGCAGGACCGUAUUUUUAUAAUAGAGCUGGAAAAUUCAAUAGUGUCUUUUAUAAACUCGAAUACAGAAUCAUUCCAAUUGAGACCUAUGAAUUCUUACUACAGGCUUUUGUCGCAUCAAAUAGCUGAGUACCAUAAUUUGAAUCAUGUUUUAGCAAGGACUCAGGACAGCUGUGUGAUUCUUUUCAAAGGUGAGAAUUUCCAAAAGGGUGAAGGCAAACCACUUUUACAAGAAUUACAGUUGAGCAAGAAAUCAGAAGAACUUGUUUUCUCGAAUGAGAAUAUUGAGAGAUCGAAUAAUAGUAAAAUAUUUCGAAUCUUAAAACGGAAAGAAGUACGUAACGAUAGCGAUUUGAAGUUGGAUAGUGGCAUAGACAGAUCAGAUAAUAAGUUAGCAGCUAGUUCUGAUAAGGGUCGAAAAGUUGAAGCCGACGAUAAAUCAAGUACUGAUUUGGAACAGGAAAGAAUUGAGAAGGAAAGGCUCUAUGAGCAACGUAAACAGGAAAUUUUUGACAAACUUAACAAAAAUGAAGACGAUGGAAAAUCAACCAACAGCAACAGCAGUAAUGAUAGCGACAAUGAGUGGAGUGAUUGGCUGGAUAGUGAUGACACCAAUACACAAACUACUAAUGGCUCAAUCAGCUCUCCAUCACCAUUCAACCCAUAUAUGACGACGACGCAGCAGAAUAAGCCUCAGCAACUAUAUCAUGAUAACCGAAGAGGAAGAGGGCAAAGAAGAAGAGGGACAGGCAAUUAUAAAGACGCGUACAGAUGCCAAAACCGCCGGAACAAAGAAAAUGGCGGUUACCAGGCGGGAUAUCCUACUCCUUACAUGGUGUAUCCCCCUCCCCAGAUAGGAAACAACACUCUCUCAACUUACCCUCUCAUGUAUAACUCAGCAUCUUCCGCUUCUGCUCCUGCACCAAUGAUGAUGAGCGGGAAUGGUGUCUUUAUGAAUCCUUACAUGUACAAUAUGAAUCCGCAAACGUCGUGUUCCUUCAGCACCCCUAUGCCCAUGUACCCAUCGUAUCAAUAUCAAUAUCAAUAUCCAUACAACCCUCAAUAUCAAAACGGAUCAUAUGGCAAUACACCAAAUUACAAUUCUAAUGGUUAUACAAAGUCUUUGGCAAACAAGUUCAACCAGUCUCAAAGAAAGAAUCCGUCUUCAAGUGAGGGUCUAAGGCGUAAUAAUGGUAGUAACAGUGAGGGGAUUCGUAGAGGUAGUGUCAAGGAUAUACAACUGUCGGAAGGCACUAAUUCAAUAGAAGCCAAACUUGACAAAUUAAACAUUUCGUCCGAAAAAUGA